GGCACGUGUUUGUUGCGGUGGGUUGCACGGAUUGCGUUGCUUUACACGCCUCGCUAACUCUCUCGCUGUGAUUUAUUCGUAGUUUCCUUCGUUUUUUGGGGAGUUGGUUUCUGCCGCGGGGACGCAAAGAGAUCACUUUGGCAAAGAUAGGGGAGCAAAAAGAUGCCCACAGAGGAAGCUCUCCUUGUUACUGGCUCUACUACUGCUGCAGCUGCUACUCUUCUUCUUAUCAGCCUAGGAAACUAAGCUAUUUAGAUCCGGGCAAAUGGAGUCCGGGGCUUCUCUGGCCACCAGAAAUCCUUGUCUAUUGGCCAGUCCAAGGGUGAAGGUGGGGCCAGGCACCGUGAGAUUUCCAGGCUUUCGACGCAGAAUGAGAGGUGCUCGUUUGGUGGCAACUGGUGCGUUCGGGAGAGGGAGCGUUUCAGUGGAGAGCAAGCUGAGUUGCGAAGUGGGUGAGGGUGGUGUCGGUGCAAUUGCGUGCGGUGAUCACUGGAGGAAGAAUGUGUACGGCUUCGGGGAUUUUGGUGUAACUACAUCAGCCGCGCGGGCGUUCAAGAAAAAGUUUCCCAACAUUAGAGAUUUUAUAGGCGAAGAUCACGAAGAUGGGGAUGAUGAGGAAGGAGAGGGUGGGCAUGGAGGUAGUAGGGGUAGUGAUGAUGACGAUGAUGAGGAGGACACUAGUACUGAUGAGGAGGAUACUAGUACUGAUGAGGAAGAUACUACCGAAGAUGAAGAUGAGGAUGAGGAUGAUGAAGAAGAUGAGGGAGAGUGUGAUGAUUAGGAAUAUAGAUAUAGCUGUAGUUUUUAAGAAUUUUAUGGCAUGCUUGUUUAUCAGCCUUUUUUUUUUAAUUGUUUUUUCUUUUCUUAUGGUCCAGUGCCAUAGAGAAAAAAAUUGGGACAUGUUGUGAUCAAUUCAACAUCUUAAUCUGAUGAUUUGAAAUUGAAUUGCAAUCUAACCAUCAAGUGAUCAAUAUACUGAGUAUAACUUUUUAGUAUGCA